UGUAAAUGUUACAGAAAAGAUAAAAAAAAUAAUGACGCGAAAAUUUGACAAAAUUUCAUAAAAUUUAGAAUAACCAUUUCUUUCAAAGUUUUAGAAAUGUUGCAUUAUCUCAAGGGCGUGUCUGAAUCAACAGAACUAUUAUAAUUCUAAAUGUUUAUCGGACUCUAUACAGAAGAAAUGGCCGAAGAUUUAUUCUUCCAAGCUGACAAACCGUAAAAAUGAGCAUAAAGGAAAUUUUAAACUUAUUCAUUUAUUUAACGUAUCACCCGAUAAUAAUCUAACCGUCCGUUACAAGUUAUUACGAAAUUCUCACUUGUUUCUUCAACUCUGCUUACAUUCCUCAUGCACAGUGGCUGAUAAAGCUAUUAUAUGGGUGACCUUACACUAUGUUUACAUAUUACUUAUACUUCCUACAUCGUUUCAGUUAUUCGUAUUCCUCGGUCGUGUUAAGAUUAAACUAUACAAUGACAGCGUGACAUGUUUCCAACGUAAAGAGCUGUUUUAGCGGUAAUAACAAAUAAAAUAUUUAAUAUUAAAAUUGCAACACUUCAAAAUGCAGAUACUUGAAAUCAAAUUUUGCACUUAAUUCCUUUAACUAUUUCUAAGUGGUAUAAUAUUUACUACUGUGAUAACAUGUAUACAAGCGGAAGAUCGGUCUACCGAAAAUAAAACAUACAGAGAUCUUGGUUAUCGUUUAUCAAAAGAUAUAGUGCCACGGCGCUAUAAUAUCAACAUAGUAUUUAAUUCUAAAGCGUUGGAUGAUUUACAUGGCGAUUGCGAAAUUGAUAUUGAAAUUUUUAAUGCAACAUCAAAUAUAAGAUUACACAGUCCCAAACCGAAUAUAAACCAGAUAAAAUUGAGGAAGAAUGGUAUGGUAUAUGAACCUAUAAAUAAAACCCACUCCAAGGAAGAGAAUGUUCUAGAUCUCUAUUUCAAGGACCGGUUAUCUCCUGGAAAUUACAACCUAUCCAUACCUUACGACAAAAUUAUAAGUCCUUAUAACACAGAGGAGGAAGGGUAUUUAAAAAUUUUAUUCGAGUCUAAUCAUCAUCACCGAACACAGGCUCACAAGGAUAGAUUGUUGGCAACAAAUAUUCAAUCUAUUGAAGCUCGACAAUGGUUUCCGUGUUGGGACGAGCCAGAAUUUAAAACAACAUUUCACUUUAGAUUCAAUCAUUACAAGAAAUAUAAGAUAUGGCCAAUCUUGCCAGAUGUACAUCAAAAACAAUGGAAAGACCGUUUUAAACAAGAUUGGUUCUGGACAUGUUUUAACAUUUCAACCCCAAUAUCUGCUUACCAAGUGAUGUUUAUACUAACUGAUUUAUUCCUUAUCACGGAUUAUAUAUCACGUCCUACAUCAAACAGAACUGAUAAGGCACAUCGAACUAUAGGCAGUAGACCUAUCAUGGAAAAUUUUAUGAACUUUUCAGAUGUUGUGAUUGAUAAGAUUUCAGAAUCUCAGUGGUACCGCACAAUUCCUGUAAAUGUUCUGAAUAUAAAUUACCUUGCAAUUCCGGCUAUGAAAGAGGAUGUUAUCGGAACAUGGAGGCUUCUUCUUUAUAAAGUAUCUCUUGUUACUUGUAAUGAAGAAAGAGACAGCAGUGCCCACAAACGGGAGGUAGCACGCACAAUAGUACGUGGAACAGUGAAUCUGCUAGAUAAUGCAAUCACACCAUCAUGGUGGUCUCACUUAUGGUUCAGUAAAGGACUUGCAGCCCUUCUUCAUGUGGAAAUUCUAAAUGAGAUUUUUCCGAAAUGGCGAAGUUCGGAUUUGUUCGUAGUUGAAGUUCAGCAAGACUGUCUUCACCUCGACACACAAUUUACUAUGAAGCCUCUUUUAUAUGAAGUCCAAACGUCAUCCGAAAUUAAAUCACUUUUCUCUUUUCCAAUUUAUGUCAAAGCACCUGUCAUAUUGCGCGUGAUAAAACAUAUUUUGGGCGACAAGUUUCAACAGAUCAUCAAGAAAUAUAGGAACACAUAACGUAAUUAAAAAUCCAGACGUAUCUCACUGUACCGUGAUGGAUAUAAUAGGGACCUGGCUAACAAGAAAUAAUUAUCCUAUUGUACAUA